ACUAACAAACGGAACGAAAAAUGGGUUGGAACCAAUGUUUUGGAGGGUAUAUGUUUUUUGCUUGUUUGCUUUUUGGCACGGCUCGUGGUGCCACUCAUUACUAUGAUUUUGUUGUGAAGGAAACGAAUUAUACAAGGCUGUGCAGCACAAAGAGCAUACUGACUGUAAAUGAUAGCUUCCCAGGGCCCGAAAUUCAUGUUUACAAAGGUGAUACAGUGUUUUUUACUGUUCAUAACCAAGCCAAAUAUGGUGUCACUAUUCACUGGCAUGGAGUUAAACAACCGAGAAAUCCAUGGUCAGACGGUCCUGAAAAUAUUACACAGUGCCCGAUAUCAGCAGGAACAAGUUUCAGCCAAGAGAUUAAUUUCAGUUCAGAAGAAGGAACCCUUUGGUGGCAUGCUCAUAGCGACUGGUCUCGAGCCACAGUCCAUGGUGCCAUCAUUGUUUACCCUCAAAGCGGCUCGGGUUACCCAUAUCCUACUAAACCUCAUGCACAAAAAACCAUAGUUCUUGCAUCAUGGUAUAAGGCCGAUGUGAUGGAUGUGAUUACAGAAGCCCUGGCGAGUGGUGCAGACCCUAAUGUCUCAGAUGCCUUUACAAUUAAUGGACAGCCUGGAGAUUUAUACGAUUGCUCCAAUGAAACAACGUAUCGGUUGAAAGUGAAAUACGGCAGGACUUACCUCCUCCGCAUCAUCAAUGCGAUACUAAACGAAGAAAUGUUCUUCGGAAUUGCACAACACAAUCUCACAAUAGUCGGAACAGACGGUGCAUACGUAAAGCCAAUAACGGUCGAAUACAUAACGAUAAUUCCAGGGCAAACAAUGGAUGUUUUGGUGACAGCAAAUCAACCUCCUAGCUACUACUACAUUGCAAGUUCUCCUUUUUCUGAUACAAUUGCACCAUUCGACAACACUACCACUACAGCAAUUCUUCAAUAUCACAAUUCUAAAAAAUUCAAUUACACAAUUCCCUCAGUUAUUCCAUUUCCGAAUUUACCUGCUCACAACGAUUCUGAUGCUGCAGCAUUAUUUACCAAUAAAUUAAGGGCUUUGGCGACCAAAAAUUACCCUAUUAAUGUACCCAAAAAUAUUACUAAGCAAAUAUACAUUACAAUAUCUGUUAACCUUUUGCCUUGCCCUAAUGCAUCAUGCUCAGGAUCAACUAAUGGAGAUAGACUAUCAGCAAGCUUAAACAAUAUCAGCUUCGACUACCCUUCUACGUCGAUUCUUGAAGCUUAUUACCGGAAUAUAAGUAAUAUUUUCACCACAGAUUUUCCUGAAAAGCCGUCGAUGUACUUUAAUUUCAGUGGAAAUGUGGAUGAUAUCACAUUAUAUACAAAACAAGGGAGAAAUGUGAUAAUGGUGAAUUAUAAUGAAUCAAUAGAAAUAGUUUUCCAAGGGACUAAUCUAUUGGUUGCUGAAAAUCAUCCAAUGCAUCUUCAUGGGUUCAGCUUCUUUUAUGUUGGAGGGAAUAAAGGCAAUUUUGAUAAUGUUAGUGAUCCUUUAAACUAUAAUUUAAUUGAUCCUCCAGAAGUUAAUACAAUUGGUGUUCCUAAGAAUGGUUGGGCUGCCAUCAGAUUUUAUGCUGAUAAUCCGGGAGUAUGGUUUAUACACUGCCAUUUGGAGCGUCACUCAAGCUGGGGUAUGGACACUGUGCUCAUCGUGAAAAAUGGUCCCACCGAUCAAACUUCAAUCCGCCCUCCUCCUCCUCAUAUGCCUCCGUGUGCUUUGUCUUAAUAAUUGUUAUGCAUUCUUAAUUUUAAAUGUAACAAAUCCUUUUUCUUUUCUUCUGUAUAUAUAAAAAAUCAAUUCUGCCUAAGAUCAGUAGGGCAUUUCUGUAGUUACUUAUUAAAGUGAUACUAUGUAGUGUAUAAUUUUUCAAUUCAUUUGUCAGUUAGAUUUUUA